AUGAGGGACGGCAACAACGAUUCACCACCACUGAUGGCGACUGCACACCACUACCACCACAACGGCCAUGAGUGCCCACCACCUACGCCGACAGUCAUUCGAACGUGCCAUGUCGAUGGCAACACCAAGACCCCACAACGAGGGAUGACAACAACAACAACGAUACAUGCACCACCACCUUCCACCAAUGACUGGACAGAGUACCUACACAACUACCACCAACCCAGACUACCCACGGACCGCGACAAGUGCCCAUCACCAGCAUCACCAACCCAGAUGACCUUCACAACGAUGAACAACACCACAACAACACGGGACAGUGUCACUGACAAUGCAACAACAACAUGGGCAGGAUGA